AUCAUCCACGACAUGGGAAGUCAAGGCUGUCGCGCUUCCAUCUAGACGGGAAGCCUCACCUCACCGAGCCAAGACGGGGGGCACAAUGAGUGAAGAGCCACCAGCUUCCCCCGGCUGGUUGAGCCCAGACCCCACAGAGUGGGCAACUGGAGGUGGGGCACAGAUUGACAACAGCACCAGCAUUGGGACGUUUUCAACAGAGGACGUCUUACCGCCUAGCCAGCUGCCACUGCUGGUCAACCCCUGGGACAUUGUGUUGUGCUCCUCAGGGUCUCUGAUAGCCUGUGAGAACGCCCUGGUGGUGCUGGUGAUCUGGCAGAACCCGGCUCUCAGAGCUCCCAUGUUCCUGCUGAUUGGCAGCCUGGCUCUAGCAGACCUGCUGGCCGGUCUGGGACUCGUCCUUCACUUCACCUGUGCCUACUUGCUCCAGUCUGACUCUGCCCAGCUGCUGACCGUCGGUUUGGUGGUGGCUUCGUUCUCAGCCUCCGUCUUCAGCUUGCUGGCCAUCACUAUCGACCGCUACCUGUCGCUGUACUACGCCCUCACCUACAACUCCGAGCGGACGGCAGCCUUCACCUACACCAUGCUGGUGCUGCUGUGGGGUCUGUCCCUGUGUCUCGGACUGUUGCCAGUCACAGGGGUUAACUGCCUGGCAGAGGAGGCCACAUGCAGCGUGGUGCGACCGCUGACCAAGAACAACGUAGCUGUUCUGUCCGUCUCAUUCCUGCUUCUUUUCGGACUCAUGCUGCAACUCUAUGUUCAGAUCUGCAAGAUUGUGAUGCGCCACGCUCACCAGAUCGCUCUUCAGCACCACUUCUUGGCCGCCACGCCCCACUACGUCACAACACGUAAGGGGGUGUCGACCCUGGCCAUCAUUCUGGGUACCUUUGCUGCCUGCUGGAUGCCGUUCACCGUCUACUCCCUCAUCGCCGACUACACCUACCCGCCGCUCUAUACGUACGCCACGCUGGUGCCCGCCACGUACAACUCUGUCAUCAACCCCGUGAUCUACGCCUUCAGGAACCAGGAGAUACAGAAGGCGCUGUGGCUGGUGUGCUGUGGCUGCGUGCCAGCCAGCGUGGCCCAUCGGGCACGGACUCCUAGCGACGUCUGACUGCGCAGACGCAGGCGGGAAGAGAAGAGGCAACCUGGGUCAGCUCUGCUCCUUGCUGGACUCGUCCAGUGUCAAAGAGCAGGGGAAGUCUGCGGGAAAGUGGCUUCAGCUCCGGGUGGAGGUGCCACUGGCAGAAGCUGUUCGGGUUUUACCCACAAGGAUGGAUAAAUGGUGUUAUUUUCUUUGUUGGAGCAAGGUGUCUCCCUGUCUUCCCCAGUAAGCGGGCUGCAUCCCGCUCACCUUUCCCUCAUGUCUGCAGAAAGCGCUGAGUGCGUCACACGUCACAGGCAGCAGCUGUGGAUAACCAUCUGUAGCUCUGGUUGUUUUUAUGAAAAAGGAAGAAAUCAAUUUGCACGUCAGUGUUGCA